AUGUCUAACGAAGAAAAUGCAUUAAAAGGGUUUCUUACAAAAUAUAAAUAUCGUGACUUUACCUCCAAAGAAGUUACAAGUCUCAUACAAGUAUAUCGUGGCUUGACUUAUCGUCUAGAAGCUUUUGUAUUCAAUAAUGGAGCAAGAAAGGAUUUGCUAAAUCUGGAAGGUACUAUUCCUGUGAAUUACAAAGGCGCUUAUUAUAAUAUACCAGUAUGCAUUUGGUUGAUGGACACUCAUCCACAAAACGCUCCUUUAUGUUUCGUGAAACCAACUCCAGACAUGUCCAUUAAGGUUUCUAAAUUCGUAGAUAGCAAUGGCAAGGUGUACUUGCCUUAUUUGCAUGAGUGGAAGCCUAAUGGGUCAACCCUACAAAACCUUGUCCAAUGUAUGAUUACUGCUUUUGGUGAAUUGCCCCCUGUUUACUCCAAACCAAGAAAUGAGGUUCGAGCGCCAUACCCUGCUGGGCCAUUUAUGCCACAACCUGCAGGGUACCCAUAUGGUCAGCUUCCAGGACCUCCUAAGCAACCUCCAUAUCAAACACCUAUUCAGCUUCCAGGACCUCCUAAGCAACCUCCAUAUCCAACACCUAUUCAGCUUCCAGGACCUCCUAACCAACCUCCAUAUCCAACACCUAGCCCUUACCCAGCAACAUCUAACUUACCAUAUCCUAAUUUUGGCACUCCUUACCCAGGUCCUGCUAAUAUGAAUGGCACUCCUUAUCCUCCAAAUUUUGCUCCAGCUACUAGCUAUGGUCCAAGCCCUGAUGUAGCAGGUGGUACAAUAACAGAAGAACAUAUUAAGGCAUCUCUACUGUCAGCUGUGGAAGAUAAACUAAGGAGAAGGCUAAACGAACAAUCACAACAAUCACAAGCUGAACUUGAAACAUUACGUAGAACUCAACAAGAAUUACGUGAAGGAAAAACAAGACUUGAAGAUAUACUUGGUCGUUUACAAAGAGAACGAACAGAUUUAGAUAAAAAUGUAGCAACGUUACAAGAAAAAGAGAAAGAAUUACAAUCAGCCGUUGAAAGACUGGGUGGACAAGAGGGUAUAGAUGUUGAUGAAGCAGUAGUUACUACAGCACCACUGUACUCACAGCUAUUAAAUGCAUUUGCUGAAGAAGCAACACUUGAAGAUGCAAUUUAUUAUAUGGGAGAGGCCUUACGAAAAGAAGUUAUUGAUUUAGAUACAUUUCUGAAACAGGUGCGUACCCUAGCACGCCGUCAAUUUACUUUGAGGGCCCUAAUGCAUAAGUGCAGGCAAAAGGCACAAUUGGCUUGUUAA